UCGGAAAUUCGUACAAAAACCAAAUGAAAUAACGUGGAAGCGUGCAUGAUCGGCAUGUGGAUAAUGUCUUAUAUACUGUCAGCCUGGGGCAAGACUAGCAGGUCCACCAGCAGCGAUAAGACACAUCCGCGACGUUGUUUUCACGACCGUUCCAAUUCAUCAGUGUUUCGAACUUUUCACUUCGGUCAGAAUGAGUAAAUUGACAUUCGUGACAUGCCUGUGUCUCUGUGUGUGUUUCGUGAAAGGACAAUGGGCGAUUGACGACGAUGGUUGCAACACACCAUUCCGAGGUUAUGGAUCAUGUGUAGGCAUCUACUCUUGUCAGCCACUAGUCACAUUCUUGAGGAACGCUCCCAGACCGUUGUCUCGAGAAAACGCCGAUCUGAUCAGGAGUUACCAAUGUGGCUUCGAGCAGACGAACAUAAAAGUGUGCUGUCCUUCAGAUCCUGGCGAAAUUGCACGCUUGGUGGGGUCCAGUUCUGGCGGAGGCGGCGAUGGGGACCCAGAAGCUCCCGAUGUUUCAUCCCACAGGAAUCUGAGACUGCUUCCUGAAGAUUGCGGACGGUUGAGCACGGAUGAAAGGAUAAUAAACGGGAACCAGACAGGACUAUUCGAGUUUCCUUGGAUGGCGUUAUUGUCUUACAGAUUAACAAAUGGACCAGAGUUCAGAUGCGGGGGUUCUAUUAUCAACAAUAGAUAUAUAUUGACUGCAGCCCAUUGUAUAACGGAACUGAAAUAUCCAAUACUUGGCGUCAGAGUUGGAGAGCAUGACUUACGAACUAAGCGAGAUUGUGAGACAGUCAAGAAUAGGACUACCUGUGCUCCUCCUGUUCAGGAUGUCGCGAUUGAAAGGUUGAUUGUUCAUCCUGGAUACAAUAGGACGUCAUUCACUAACGAUAUUGGCCUCAUUCGAUUAGGGUCGAGAUUGAACUUCGUAGCUAAUAUUGCACCAGUUUGCCUGCCAGUAACAGCUGAAUUAGCAGCUUAUAACUUCAGUUCCCGUCAAGUUAUAGUGACAGGAUUUGGAGCAACUGAAACAGGCAGAAAUAGCCCCACCCUACUGAAGGUCCAAAUUCCAUACAUCGAAAGAAGUGAAUGCAGAAGAGUUUAUCAAAAUGCAGCGCCCAUAACUCACAAACAGUUAUGCGCUGGUGGAAGAAAUAGACAAGACUCCUGUGGCGGAGACAGCGGUGGUCCACUGCAAAUCGCAGCAGCUUAUCUGGGCGAACCCAAGUAUGUGCAACAAGGAAUUACUUCCUUUGGACCUCGUAAUUGUGGAGCUGAAGGAAACCCUGGAGUUUACACAAGGAUUGCUUAUUUCAUGGAUUGGAUACUAGACAAUAUUUCUCGUUGACAGUUUUGAAGUACUGCAAUGAUGAAUGGUUCCUCAGCUGUUUAGAAUGCAGAGAAUUGUGAUGACAACAGGAUUGUGUUCCUUCGACCAUAACGAAUUAGGAGCAAAUUGCUCCAUAAGAUACAUAUUACAUUAUUGUUCGCCACUGGAUGAUUCAUGAUGCUAUUGAAGAAAUUUAUUGUAGAUUUUUUUCGUUCACACUCAUAGACUAAUAAAAAAAAUCACUGUU